UUGUUUACGUUUCUCGUCGGUUGCAUUAAUCACAAAAGCAACACCCCGUCGGGACGAUGCUCUUUCCCGAGCAAGGGCAGGAACGUGCAAGGACGGGAAGGACGUACCGUCCGUUCCUCUACAUAGGUAUGCCUGGGCUGCAAUUGCCUUCAAUGGCAAGACAACUCGAGUCACCUGACAGUGCCCCAACCACCAAGCAAUGACGUCGUCACGUAAGGUCCUGCCUGUCACAGAGGAAACAACACAACGUGCCACGUCUGCUUCAUGACUCCGAGCCGAUUUCAGUCCUCUCACGAAAUACUCUCGACAUCUUACUCAACUCAACAUAACCCAUUCGACAGCCUAAGUAUCUUGCAGUACACUAAGCCGCCCACCGCCGACCUCCCACUUGAGUCCCUCUCACUCUGUACCUUAGGUAAUCUAGAAGUCCAACAUUAAGCCAUGCCCGCCAUUCCCAUCUUCAAGGACACUCCGAUCAACGCCUCUAAGGCGUCGGGAGCCACUCCACAGACCGAGGAACCGCAUUCCAAAGUCAACCCUAACAACGCCUCUGAGCUAUCGCACAGUCAAGUCGGCGCACCCGUACCCGCACCCGUUCUCGCACCAUCGUCCACCUCUCAGCAGCCAUACCCGCCGGCACAGCCUGGCGCCACCCCAUCUCUCCCUGUUCAGACAGCUUCCGCGCAAGCAUAUCCUGCGCCGCGGCCAACUCCAACUCAGAAGACGGAUGAUGUCAGCCCUCCGCCGCCCCAGCCAGGUGCUGCGCCGGUGCCUGUAGCAGGCAUUCCGACGUUGCCUCCCCCUCCGAAGGGGGGCGAGGCCUACCAUCCACCAGCCCCGACGCCCGCAACUCAGGUCACUGCUCCUUACCCUCCACAAAUGGGCAUUCCUCCUCCAACCAUGUCUCACUCAGUAUUGCGAGGGUCUUCCACGUCUACUGCCAAUGGACCUCAGAUGACUGGACCACGACCCAUUGCACUAGGAGGCGAUCCUGCAUCUAGCCUUGAACACCCCCCGGGAUAUCAGCAAGACGUCAGUGCGUCUGAGUUCAGCAGCCAUCAAAGGGCUGCUCACCAAGCUGCGGUGACUUCGUCUGCAGAGAGAGGAUUUCAAGCCCGGCCCGAUGAAGGGGUUUGGGACACGGCAAAAAAAUGGGCGCAAGCUGCUGGUGGCAGCCUGGCAGCAGCCGAGCAAGAGGUCUGGAGAAGGAUCAACAAAGACUAGAACUGCCUCAAGGGCCCCGUGUCAACACAUCAAUCAAUGUUUUGCUAUCAAGGCU